GGAGGAGGCACUCACCCUGCUGGGUCUCCAGGCCCAGAGGCAGGCUCCCAUCAUGGUGGUCAACCUGCCCGGCUCUCCCUGCAGGAGYGCGGCUGUGAACAAGGGGCGGCUGAAGAGGCUGGGCAUCACCCACAUCCUGAAUGCUGCCCACGGCACCGGUGUCUACACGGGCCCUGAAUUCUACACUGGGCUGGAGAUCCAGUACCUGGGCGUGGAGGUGGACGACUUCCCCGAGGUGGACAUCUCCCAGCACUUCCGGAAGGCUGCGGAGUUCCUGGACGAGGCCCUGCUGACCUACAGAGGGAAAGUCCUGGUCAGCAGCGAAAUGGGCAUCAGCCGGUCGGCAGUGCUGGUGGCGGCCUACCUGAUGAUCUUCCACAACAUGGCCAUCCUGGAGGCCUUGAUGACCGUGCGCAGGAAGCGGGCCAUCUAUCCCAACGACGGCUUCCUGAAGCAGCUGUGGGAGCUCAACGAGCAGUUGAUGGAGGAGAGAGAGGAGGACUGCAGCCCAGAGGGAGCCGGCGAGGGCCAGGAGGCCCUGGGCACCCUCGGGGCGAGAGCGCAGCUGACGGUGGAGGAGGAGGACGAGGCCACCAGCCACCUCAGCGGCUGCUCCCUGGGGAAGGCCAGCCAGGCCUCGGAGCCCCUCACCCUCAUUGACGAGGAGGAGGAGGAGAAGCUGUACGAGGAGUGGAAGAAGGGCCAGGGCCUCUCGGCGGGCAGCGCGGCCAGGGGUGGACAGUGUCCAGGGCCGGCCUYUUCGCGCCAGGCCAGCCAGGAGCAGGAGCUCGAGGACCAGGGCGUGGAGAGGAUCGUCCAGGAGUGGCAGAGCCGCAACGAGAGGUACCACGCCCAGGGCCACCAGCGGUGGGCCCUGGAGGAGGACAAGGAGGUCGAGGAGGAGGAGGGCAAAUCCGCGCGGAGGCGCAGGAGCGCGGAGCAGGUCUCCGAGAGCGAGAGCACGCUCAGCCAGGAGGCUCGCGUCCUGCGGCAGCUGGAGCUCGGCGGCCCCAGCCCAGGUGCCCGGCGCCGCUCGGACUCSGUGUCCACCGAGAGCACGUGGGACAUGUGGAACGAGAGGCUGCUGGAGAUCGAGAGGGAGGCCGCGCGGGAGUUCCGCUCCAGGAGCAGGAGGGAGGAGGAGGACACGCGCUCGGAGGCCGGGAGCACGGUGCCUGAGGAUGACCAGCAGAGUGUGUGCUCCGAGGCCUGCUCCUUCUACAACUUCUGCAGCAGGAACAAGGACAAGCUCACUGCCCURGAGAGGUGGAAGAUCAAGAGAAUCCAGUUUGGAUUUCACAAGAAAGACCUAGGGGCAGGAGAGGGCAGCGGUGAGUCGCAGGGCCCUGAGGAUACCCCCGUAGAGGAACCCCAGGACGUCAACCUGAGGACCUACCAGGCCUGGAAGCUGAGGCACCAGAAGAAGGUGGGCAGCGAGAACAAGGAGGAGGUGAUGGAGCUGGGCAAGGCGGAGAACGCCGUCCUGGCCAAGAAGAGACAGCGGAGGCUGGAGCUGCUGGAGAGGAGUCGGCGGACGCUGGAGGAGAGCCAGUCCACGGCCAGCUGGGAGGUGGAUGGCUCCGUCGCCAGCGGGAGCAUCCCCCUGUCUGCCUUCUGCUCUGCAGCCUGCUCCGUCAGUGCUAAUGGGGACACAGGGUCAGUACUGAGCGCCCAGAGCCACCACUCCCACCUGUCCCAGGCUGCCAGCAGCAUUGGGGGAUGCUCGGCCGCCAACCCCAGCACCCCCCUGCCCAGCCUGCCAGUGGGGCCUGGAGACACCAUUUCCAUCGCCAGCAUCCAGAACUGGAUUGCCAGCGUGGUCAGUGAGACCCUGGCUCAGAAGCAGGGUGAAAUGCUGCUGCUGUCUCACUCGCCAUCCGUGACAAGCAUGAGGGCAGGGCCAGCCACCAGCUGCCUGGGGGACGACCAAGUCYCCAUGCUCAGUGGACAGAGCAGCUCCCUUCUGGGUGACCGCCUGCUGGGUCAGAGCCAGGCAAGGCCCAGCUCCGACUCCCAGUCCGUGCUGUCCUCCAGCACCUCGCUGAGCUCCAGGGCUGAAGGGGCUGGGAGCAGGGUGAGAGGGACCAGCAAGCCCAUCUACAGCCUCUUUGCUGACGAUGUGGACCUAAAGGAGCUCGGCCGCAAGGAGAGGGAGAUGCAGAUGGAGCUGAGGGAGAAGAUGUCCGAGUACAAAAUGGAGAAGCUGGCCUCCGACAACAAACGCAGCUCCCUGUUCAAGAAGAAGAAGGUCAAGGAAGAGGAUGAUGGUGCCGGUGAUAGGGAUGGGGACACAGACAGCGCCAUCGGGAGCUUCCGACUCUCUUCCCGCAGUAACUCCCAAAAGCCUGAAACGGACGCCUCCUCCUCCCUGGUGGUCUCUGACCACUGUAGGAGAGGCAGCAGAAAUGGCAAGGAGAUGGACAGCAGCAUCAAUAAGUGGCUCAGUGGCCUCAGGACCGAGGAAGACUCUCCUCCCCAGAGUGACUGGUCUGGCAGCUCCAGGGAGCGGUACAGCAGAUCUUCCCUGCACCGGGAAACCGAGUCCAAAUCCUGCAGUUACAAGUUCUCCAAAUCCCGGUCAGAGGAGCAGGACACCUCCUCCUACCACGACGCGGACGGCAGCUCUGUGAGGAGCACUUCCCGUUUCUCCUCGUCCUCCACCAGGGAGGGCAGAGAGACCCACAAGUUCUCYAGGUCCACAUUCAGUGAGACCUCCAGCUCCCGAGAGGAGAGCCCCGAGCCCUACUUCUUCCGCCGGACCCCUGAGCCCUCUGAAGGGGAAGAGUCCCCAGAGCCACGGCGCCGGGACUGGGCUAGGCCCAGGGACUGGGAGGACGUGGAAGAGUCAUCCAAGUCGGACUUCUCUGAGUUUGGAGCCAAGAGGAAAUUCACCCAGAGCUUCAUGAGGUCUGAAGAGGAAGGCGAGAAAGAGAGGACAGAAAACAGAGAGGAGGGCAGGUUUGCCUCUGGGCGGAGGAGCCAGUAUCGGAGAAGCACAGACAGAGAGGAAGAGGAGGAGAUGGACGACGAAGCCAUCAUCGCUGCUUGGAGACGCCGGCAAGAGGAGACCAGGACUAAGCUGCAGAGGAGGAGGGAGGACUGAACAGGGCCUGGGCCACCUGCCGCUCAGCAGAGCACAGGGCUCAGGCACACCCUGCCACCACCCCUCAGGGGCCGAGGACGCAGAGAGGAUCUCUCCAACAGGCAGAGUGGCAGUGCCMGAGUGGAAAGACACCAGGGUUCAGGGUGGGAGGAGAGGAGCCAUGCUGGGCCAGCUCGGGCCGUUUUCUGUCAUCCAGGGCCCUCUGUGCUUUGGUGCUUAGGUGUUCGACAGUGUGUGUCCUGGGCUGGAGAGGAGAGCGUGAAAGGAAUUGCAGUUUGUUGGAGAGUCCAGUGCACAUCCAGAAGGCCAUAAGGCAGGACUUGGUUCUGUUCAAGUGGUUUCAUAACAAGUCCCAGGAAAUCUGUCAGCAAUGCCCAGCUCUGUUUAAUAUCUUGGAUCUCCAUUAAAUUGGUUUGUUGUGAAAUCUUCCUUCUGCACUCUGGUCACUUUAGCUCUUUCGAUGUUAGGGGAAACUCACUUCAGAAGUCAUGGUGGGUUUUUAUGGGCCAGCCUCACCUUGCUCCACAAAAUCUGUGCCUCCAGGCAAUGCCACCACCAUCUCGUUGUUAUAUAAUAAAGGAACAUGGGGUCCAGGAGGGAGGGCAGCUGAGAGGCCAUUCCAGGACCCACCCCCACCUCGCCCGGGAGCAACGGAAGGAACUAGGGAAAGAGUGAGGUUAGUGUGUGAGCGGCAAGGUCUGGGGUACAGAGAGGGUCCCUUGGAAUGACAGGAACACAAAACCAGCCGGAGGGAGACCAGAAAAGCCCAACAGUA